UUCAGCAGUCUAUUCCGCCACACAAGCCCUUGUCCGUCUUUCUUGCAAACUCUUCAGAUUCUUUUUCCCAUCAUGGCAUCACUGUGGCUUCAUUCCGCCUCAGUCCUGGUUUUGUUGGUCAUGUCAUGGCCAUGCUCCAGAGCCCAUUCUUCACAACAUCUGUGUGGCACUAAUUUGGUUGAAGCCUUGAAUAUGGUGUGUGGGGACAGAGGCUUUUUCACCAGUUCCAGGAGGGACAUUGACUCUGUGCUACGUAUCAUGCCACCACCAAAGACCGAUGAGGCAACAUCAACAGAUGACAUCAACGAGAUCGUGGGCUAUGCCUUUAAGAAAAAGAUGGACAUGAUGAUGAAGCGCGAUGGCAUUGUGGAACAGUGCUGUCACCAGCCGUGCAGCAUGCUGGUCCUGGAUAAAUACUGCAACUAAACGUGCAACUUUAGCAACUCUGUGAUUAGCCUCGUCUUUUCUACUUUAGCUUAGCAAUGCUUUGAUUUUAAACUCUGCACCUUUCUGUAAUUGCUCAUCAAAAGACUUGCAGGUACAUGGAGUAUCUGCAAAGCCAUGUAUUAAAUAUA